AUGGUCUUCCCGGUGCAAUACAAGGGAGGCGCGGCCCUCAAAGGCGCGAUUAUUGUAAGUUUACCGUAGUUUUAUUGAUCAAAUUUGAAUAUUUCCUUUUCUGAGUCACUAAAAGCUAUUAGUUUUUAAACUCCAUAAGAAGAGUGCUUUUGACAACAUUAUUAACUUCAGUCUGUAAUGUUUACCAUAACCUUACAUUGUGGUAUGAUAUACCAUGGUAUGUUUUCCCAGUAUAGCGAGUUGACUUGCUCAAAGAUUAGGGUAAACAACUUUUAGUUCCUGACCAUUGUAACACUAGUGUUACUGGAUCCCUCAUACGUGACCGCCUAUAUAUCCAUUAACUACGAAAUAGUCAUCAUUUACAUCGUAUGCUCACUGACCCUGCUUUAUUGCCUCGUCUCAUUAAUAAUGUACGUUAUGUCAUAUAAAAGCACCGAGGAAGAUGAAGAGAUUCGAACUACGAACAGUGCUCUGGCGGUACGUUUUGUUAUUGUAUACAGUCGUAUGUUUAAAGAGUAUUUGAGAACUGAUUAAUUUUUAAAAAAUGUUACCUAAAAUAUUCAGAACCUUAAAAAAUGAGAAAAUUUUGAAAGCUUACUUUAGGAGAUUGUGUUCAGUUGUAUCGGAGUCAUUGGUUGGAUGUUGGUGUGCGGAAUCGGAGGAACGGUGGCACAGCGAACGAUCAUCGAGACCGGCCACAGAUUCGGCUGGAUGGGUGUAAGUUGUUCAGGUUUUUGAGAAUUCGAAAUCUAAAAACACAAAUUAAGAAUUCUUUUCUUUGAAAAUGGUCGAUUGUUGAUAUUCGACUAGAUAAAAUCUUUUUCUUCCAAAAAAAAUUCCAAAAAUAUUGUUUACCGACUGGUCGAAGCGAAAUUUGGGUAAUUUCGUAUUCUUGGGAUUCGCUUCGUUUUUUCAAAGAAAACAAACUUUUUGUAGUUUUUACGAGAUUUGUGAAAUAUUGACAAAUAUUCAAUUAGAAGUUGUAAUUUGCUCUUUUUGACUAAAAUGACAUCAGUUUUGUAGUUCACAUUAGUUAUUAUUAUGAAUUUUAUUUUGCAAAUUUUUAUAUACACCUAGAUGUCAAAACAUGUUAAUUAUCUCAUUAACGGUCAUUCUCCCGGCCGAGAUUAUGUUUUGAGGAACGACUAAUUAAACAUUGUUGUUGAUGUCUAUGAAUGUAAUUUCAGGCUUGUGCCGGGAUUAACGCCGUUUUGUUUGUUGGUAUAAUGGGACUGUUCUUGAGUGGUCUCCUCAAGGACAAGGUGUUCUCUCCAGAACGGCGCUACAAGUAUGCUAACCGAAUGUAA